CGCCUGUCAUCACUGCAUCACUGACCCACCUGAAAUCUGCAAGCUGACUGCUGCUUCUCUCCAUCUGUGAGCUUCUAUGUCCUUCAAUGAAGUCUGUGCUGAUCCUCUCUGUUAUCCUCUCUGUCGCCCUGUCCAUCAGGGCUGCAACAGAGGAGGGCGCUGUUGCUGAUGACAGAGCUGUUCUACCACAAGCUCGUUUCUCGUUUUGCCUUGAUGGGUGGCUUAGUUUCCGUGGUAACUGCUACUACUUAGGCAAUGACCCUGAUACCUGGAAAAAUGCUGAGAGCUUCUGUGCUAACUAUGGUGGCAGCCUGGCCUCCGUCCACAACAUCUGGCAGUAUAAUUUCCUCCAGCGUAUGGUCAAGAGUGGCGGUCACACUUUUGCCUGGAUCGGAGGAUUCUACUUCCAGGAUGACUGGAGAUGGGAAGAUGGCUCAGUGUUCAACUAUCACAACUGGGAAGCAGCGGCCCCCACUGACCAGUACCAGUGCUUACAGCUUAACUCUCAGGAGACCAAGGGCUGGUCCAAUCAUGGCUGCAACAUGCCCUUUCCAUUCGUCUGUCAGGUGAAUCCAAGCUGCUAGUCAUCACAGUGUGAAGUGUUUCUGCUGACGCCUGCAGGCAAUACUGAAGCUGCAGACCACAUGUCACAUGCAUAUGUAACACAAAUCUCAGCACAAAUGAAUCCACAUCAAUAUUGUUUUACUGUUGUUCUUCUUUUGUUGCGUUUGUUUUCAUUACAGAGUACAAUAUACUGUCUAUUGUAGACAAAU